GCGAUCUUCAUUUGGCAAUAACAUUUGGCCGUGUUCGGAGGUGUCCGCAGACAGAAGCACCAAAAUACGAAAAAGCGUUAACGUCUCUCGCGCUACGUGAAUCAGUUAUCAGUGGGAUUAACCACGAUUCGGGCGGUGUUCAAACCGAUUAAAACAGUGCCCCGUAGUGAUCGUCGUAACGGUAAAAAGGUUAAAAAUCAGCCAAGGGCGUAUAACGGUACCCACAAUUCGUGGGCAAGGUCAGCUCCACAAGUUCCAUAUGCUCCAUACCCCGAUCGCAUUGGGAUUGAAGUAUGCGCUGCACCGGCUAAAAAUAGAUGUGCUUUAUAUUUGAGGCACUGAACUUUACUGCGAAAUACACUCGACCGAAUCGGGACUGUCAUCAGCUACUACAUCCCAUAGAUCAGAAAAAUGCCGGAGGCACGUCAGGGAUACAUAACAUACGAUAUGCCUUCUCGAGGAAAAUAUGAUGAUCUGCCAAUGAAGGCUUUAUAUGUGGGCUCUCAGAAUGAAAGCACUUGGAAGAGUGAUAACUGUGAUCUGAGGACAAACCCAAAGCCACCCACUGAAGUUGAUCAGUCGGUGAGGCGAAGGAUCAAGAGCAGUCGCCUUAUCUCCUGCUGCUGCAUGCGGCACUCCACGCGAACCGUCGACAGCGAAGUUAGCCAACUCGAGGGGGAGGCCAUCAUUGGCGAUCAGCAGGUGCCGCACCUUGCACCACUGAAGCUGUCCAGCUCCUUGCCAACCACACCGCAAUUGGGCCAACGGGUGGUGCGAAAUCGCGGCUACAAGAAGCUCUCAUGGAAUGAGGAGCAGCCUUCUCGGCGGCCAUUCGAACCAUCAAUGAUCGCCCAGGGCCAGGAGGCCAGGGCCAAUCAGCAGCUAACUUAUCAGCAGUUCACCCACAAACAGCUAAACAACAACAACAAUAAUAAUAACAACAACAACAAUGAUGAUGAUGAUGAUGAGGAGUACGAUCCCAUUGCCAAAUACUUUGCGAACACGCAGCAUCAAAAGCUAUCUCCUGGCAUCGCUGCGAAAAGCUCACGGAUUCUCUGCGAGAAUUGCUGCGGGGAGAGGCAUCAUCAGCAGCAGCAGCAACAACAGCUACAAGUUGGCAGCACUAUGGACCGCCAAAAGCAACAGCAACAUCAGCAACAGCAGCGGCAACAUCAGCAGCAGCAUCAGCAGCAGAAACAGCAGCAACAGCUGCCGUUUGGGGACUACGAUUCAGUGUCCGAAUUGUCGUCGUUUCGCUUUGUCUUCGAUGGGGAGGAAGUCGAUUCCACGAGGCGCGUUUUGGUCGAUGAUGCUCAUUAUGAGGAGGAUGCCGCUGACGAUGACGAUGACGUUGCGCGGCCGCCGGUUAUAGAAAUAGAAAAGCGGCAGCCGAAUACAUCAACAACGAAAACGGAAAAAUCAACAGCAGCUACAAAAACAGCAAUACAAACAACAAAAGUACCAGCAGCAACAGCAACAACAGCAGCAACAUCAGUGGGAGUCGCGUCAUCGCCAGUGUUGUCCCUGUCAUCCGAAAUCAGCGACGAGUCACCAGCAAUUUGUUGUUAUACAAUUGACAAAAAACUGUCACAGCAGCAACAUCUACAGCAGCCAGUGCAGCAGCAACAUCUCAGACAGCAGCAACAGCAGCAGCAGCAACAACAGCAACAACAGCAACUACAACUGCAACACUAUAAUUCCUGUGCCACCGUUAGCUAUCGAAGCUAUCGCCAUCCUCCGCCAGUUCCGCCGAAACCGCGUGUUUGUGUCGAGUCUUCCAUAUCCGAUGAGCCUGCUCUGAAGACCCGCCGUUUGGUCUGCCAUCAGCCACAUCACCAGCCACCUGCCACCCAUUCACACCACUCGAAUCGGAUUUAUCCCGCGAACAGCUGCUGCAUCCCCAAGGAUUCCCCCUACGCAUUCGACGGGAGUUUCAAUCACAACGCCAACUAUAAUUGUCGGUUCGGGUCAAGUGGGGAUUGCACUUGGGGAUUGCUGAAGGGACCGAGAUCCCUGUGUUACGAUCGGCACGGUCGCCUGAUCUUCGAUUCGGAACCGGAACCGGAAGUUGGCGCAGAGAAGAGCAUCGGGGUGCAGAAAUCGCUCAGUGAAUCGCGUUUGCAAGCACAAUUCUACGGAGAGCCAAAAGUUUCAUACGAUCCGUACACCGAUUUGUCGCGUGUGACCGCGAAUGUUAUAAACCAAGAAAGAAGCGACCGGGAAAGUUCGUUCUGUCUACCGCUGCACAAUCGGGGCUGCAAUGCUUUUACCCAAGUGAAUCCCAUUAACCAAACGAAUCAUAAUCCAAACCAAGUUAAGCGAAAUAAUUUACUUCUGCCCUGCCAUUGCAAUUUCCAUUUGGAUGCUCCAUACGAAGUCAACAAGGAGAACGGGCACACAAUGGAGAAACGACGUAAUACCCUGGACCGUUUUCAGCGCCUCGGUUUCGGGCGUAAAUCAUCGCCAGCGGCCGCUGCCUCCACGUCCGCGUCCUCCUCGUCAUCCACUUCCGGUCCGGAGAAGCACCGCAAGACAUCCGAUCGUUCCGAGCGUCUCCGCGAGCUGACCGAAUUGCUGAGGGGCGGUGGUGGCGGCAGCAGUUCCCGUGCCUCCUCCACGCCCACUCCGCCACCGCCUCCCCCGCCACCGGUGCCACCGCCCCGCAAGCCACGCAAUUCCCACCUGGAGCGCCAGGACACGGGCGCCAGUCACACGUCGGAAUCGGAAGCGGGCAGCAUUCAUUUGCGCGGACCCACCGAAGAUACCACACGUCACAGUGGAGGGGGAAGCGGUGGUGGUGGUACGAUUAGCACCGCUGCGCGUCUGUUCGCCUCCCUGCGGCCAAAUACGAGUCUCUCCAACCUGGAGGCCUUCAUGUUGAGCAACCGCGAGAAGUCCAAGUCCCCGCCCCCACCUGCGCAGCAGAAUCGGAAUCAGAGUCUGCGACCUGCGGCCAGCGGCAACAGCAACAGCAACAGCAGAUGCGUAGAUGCGUCGUCGGCAACUGCGGCCAGUGCCAGUUUCGAGAGCACGGCGCUAGCAUCUCGCUCGGAUUCACAUUCGCAUUCACGCAGCGCAGCGCACAAAACGGCCCCGUUUCGAUCCGUUUCGUUCUCGCAGAUCGACUGCAAGUCCACGCUGACCGCUCUGCGGGAUCGCCUCAAGCGGGACAAGGCCAUCGAGGCGCCCAGUCCGAGUCCAACGCACUCGCGCGAGGAGGAACCACCGCCGGUCGUCCCAGCGGAUCCCGGCUGGGUGCGCAUUCCCCUCAAGAAAACGGAACUCAGCAUCAAUCUGAAUUACGGACAGGAGAAGUCACUGGAUCACGACGCGAUCCAGGAGGAGGACAUCUUCAGCAACGAGCUGGCUGCGAGUGGCAGCUCGGGCAUCCUCUUUCCGGUGGCCACCGCGAGCAGUGUGAUAGCAGCGCAUGCCACCAUGGAAUCGCUAACGGAUACCAUUCAGUCGGAGAGCGAUUGCUUGAUCAAGGAGGAGGUGGUGCCAACACAACCCAUACUGGAGAUCACACCGCCCAGCUCCUCGGUGAGUGGCAGUGCUCCCAACUUGGCCACCCUGAUGGAGGAACAGCUGCCACUGGAGGCACCGCCGGAUAACUUCCUGCAAACAGCCACCACCUGCGAGAUUCCCGUUCCGGUUUACGAAUGUGCCGCCCAGGAGUGGUUGGAAACUCCUGCCCAGGAGUGGGUGGAGGUGGCUCCGGAGGAGUUUGGCAUUGUGCCCGAGACCAUACAGCCACCCAUCCCACAUGCCGCCUGCAAAAUCUCCCAAACUCCAUCCACUUUGACCACAGCUGUGAGGAGUGACCUGGUGCCCACCAUAUCCGUGAGUCGCUCCUCCGAGGAGGGUGACGAGCUGGCCAAGAUCGAGGAUGUGCCUCAAGUGGAGGUGGCCACCACAGCCAGGAAUCCCUCAAUCGGACAGCACGUCAAGCAGUACAGUCACGACGACCUGGAUUUGACCAAUGCGGAACUGAGGAGCUCCCUGGAGGCCAUUGCCACUCCUCGUCACAGUACGGAUGAGCGGCAAAGGAGGCACCUGGACAAGUCAACUAAAAGAAAAGGAAUGUACAUAGACAAUGCGGAUUGGCAGGCGCCCACGGAGUCGCCUCAACGUGGUCUCGCCUUGGAUAUCAGUGUGGCUAACUUGAAUGCCAUCAAACCGGAGUCUCCAGAUGCCAACACCCCCGGAGUUUCACAGAUGUACAUCAGCAGUCCACAGAGUUCCUAUUCCUUUGAGCUGAAUACCCCUGAACUGGAGAAGGGUUCGCCAUCCUGGGGCAGUGGCGGAUUGAGUCGCGACAAGGCGCAGUUGCUGAGCAACUUCAGUUGCCACAGCAGCGAGGAGAAGGACGAUGCCUCCAGCAGGAGCUUGAGCUUCCUGCGCACCGACUCCACCUCGGAUAAUGAGUGUGAUCGGGCCACCAGGGAGCGGGAAAGGGAGCGGAUCACCUCGAGUCCCACACCCAGCACCGGCGACUACGACUACAAAAGGUUCUCGAAGCGACCGCUUAGGGGUCCCUAUGGUCAAAUGCUCGAGGCGGAGAUGAAGAAACCCAACCGGAUGCACUUCGAGGAGAUCCUCGAGGAGCUGCGAGAAACGGACAGUUUACACCUGCGUGGAUCUGCUCCUGGUGGACCCACCAGUGGAUCGGGAGUUCCUUCCCGCAAUCUACCCCAAUACUCCAAUUCCAUGCGGGUGCGCAAGUCGAAUACAUUUCUACCGGUUCCAUCUCACGCUCGUGCUGCAUCCACACCUUCGCAACUUGAGCAUGGCAACAAGGGCAUUUCCGCGGCCACCGCCCAGAUAUCCGUGUCCGCCAAGAAUCUUAAUGAGGCGGAGUUGGAUGACCAGCUGCACCAUAUGAAGAGGGCCGCCUCCGAGGCUCCUGCCCCCAAAUCUCAUCACAGCAAGCGCAGUCAGUCGAUGAGUACGGAGCGUCCUAGUCUCCAUCACCAUGGUCACAGUCACGGUCACAGUCACGGCCACAGUCACAGUCACCAUCACUCUACCAAAAGGAGUCCGGAUGCGGGAUCCGGGGAUAAGGCCUCUAAAGCUAUUCAACCAUCAGGAGGUUCUCCAGGAUCGGGAAAAGGUUCUAAGGAUCUAGUUAAACCGACGCCCGCCCUAUUGGCUGAACUCCUGAAGGGUUCCAGCGAGAACAUGAUCUCCGAGCAGAGGAAGAAAACGAUAGCGGACACACGCACCUAUGUGGUGCAGGAGAUCUACCGGAAUGAGCAAUCCUACGUGGAAUCCCUGCAGACCGUGGUCGUCAAAUAUCUGAAGGUGCUAAAGGCGCCCGAACAUGCUGGCAUGAUUGACACACGCACCGUAGACGAGAUCUUUUUCAUGGUCCCCGACAUCCUUGAGAUUCACGAGAAGUUUCUGGGCGACCUGAAGAGCCGCUUGGACGACUGGGAUGUCCAGCAGAAAGUGGGCGACGCCUUCAUGGACACGUUUUCGAAACUAGAGGUCCUAGAGGUCUACACAUCUUUUGUGAACAACUGCAAUCGGGCAAAGAACGCUAUACGUUCUAUGAAGCACCAGCGACCCUCGUUUUCCAAAUUCCUUGAGACAACAGCUCGAGAGCACAAGGGCAAAUUAACCCUGGACAAUCUGCUGAUCAAGCCAGUGCAGAAGUUUCCCAACUAUGAGCUACUGUUCCAGCGAUUGAUUAAGCACACAGAUCACGAUCAUCCAGAUACAAAGCACUUGCAGGACGUGCUCAAGCUGGUCCACGACAUACUGGUCCACAUUAACUGCAAGGAACGCGAGAUCAUGGAGAACGGGCAGAGGGAAGCCACUCUUCGCGAGUUGGAAGGCGUCAUCGAGGGCAUUACCGAUCUUAUUGCACCAGAAAGGCAGUUCCUGCUUUUUGAUUUGGUAUCGAUGCCAUCGGGACAAGGCGCUCGCAAGGAUCGUGGCUUCUUCUUGUUCAACGAUCUGCUCGUCCUCACGAGCAUCAAGAAACGAAGCGGCACCAUCCGCAAACCCAACAGCAGUGUCUGUCCGGGAACAGUGGCCACCACCCUGGACACCAACAAGUACAAGUUCCUCACCAAGAUCUCGCUGGACUGCCUGGAAAUUGUCAAAUCAAAAGACGAAAACAUUAAGCGCAUUGUCAGCGAAAUCGAGACUUUGGCCGAUGACUGCAACAAGUUGCAGCAAAUCUCCGACAUAACCGCCUCCCUAAAGUACCCACAUCAGUAUUUGGAGGACGUAAUCCGCGAACUCCAUCGCGAUGUCCAGCGACAGCUCUCCGAGCGCCAGACAAACGAUACCCAGUUAAAUAUGCUCGAGCUUACAGUCAGUUCACCGAAUGGCAACCAGAAGCUGACAGUGGUCUUCAACAAGACGGAGAAGCGGACGCAGUGGGAGGAGAGCUUCAACGAGGCGAAGCAGAAGUUGGCUGCCACCUUGGAGCGACAUCCCAUCCCCGAGUUCCUCACCUCCAUCCCCAUCCGCAAGACACGAGCUGGGCUGCAGUUCACCUGUGCGGCAGCCACCUUAAGUGACAAUCGGGAUGUGUGGGUGUGCAACAGCGAUGGCUACGUGGGUCAGGUGUGCAUCAUGUCCCUGCACCCCGAGCCGAAUGUCACCAGCUGCAAUGGCGUCUGCAAUGCCCGCAUCCUGUGUGUUGCCUCUGUGCCGGCUUACAGCUCGGCGGCCUCCAGUCGAAAUAGCAGUGGCGAGCAGCCGGCUGGUUCCGGUGGCCAGGAGGAGAAGGACAAGAGGAGCACCCCACAGAGCUACACACAGCAGUUGCGGGACUACCGCAAGAGCAUCUCGCCUAGCUUCCAGAGUGCCUCCACUUCGACGACAGCGACGCCGGAGAAGAAGAAGUUAACGCCCACGCCGACGCCAGUGGCAGGAGCUGAUCCUGCGGAUGCGACGGCCACCGGCAGUGAUACUCAGCUGGAGCUCAACCUGAGUUCCAGCGACGAUGAAACGGAUGCCGCUGCCGCCUCGUUGAAUGUCGCUGGCAGCACUGCUGCGGGAUCGGGAGCAACUUUAUCAGAACGGGUACCAAGUCCUGCGCCCUCAUAUCAUGGGCAUCAGGACUCUAAUCCCGAGGAGGGCGAAAGCAAUCAAUCAACCAUGUGGAUUGGCACUGAAGACGGCUGCAUCCACGUUUAUAAUAGCACUGACAAUAUUCGCAUUAAGAAGAACCGCAUCAAGAUCGAACACCAUUCGGCCGUCUUUUCCAUUUUGUACCUGGACAAUCGUGUGUUUGUAUCAUUAGCAAAUGGUGAUAUCUGUGUUUACCUGAGAGAUGGUGCCACCUCCUGGAAUACUUGCUCAUCGCAUUGCCUGUCCAUUGGCACGGUCACCAGCCCGGUAAAUAAGUUGUUGAACGUCAAUGGCCGACUUUGGUGCUCAAUUCAAGGCAUUAUAAAAGUGCUGGAUGUGGAGACAUUGACAGUCAUAAAUCAAAUACAGAUUUCAUCGGACUCGAAGCCGAUCACAAACAUGACAGUCUCAAACAAUCAUGUCUGGAUUUCAAUACAGAACUCAGCACACAUUAAGUGUUUCCAUUCCAAUACCCACCAACUUAUUACCGAAGUGAAUCUCGCCCCCGCCGUCAACAAAAUGCUCUCGAACUGCGAUGAGAUUAUUCGGCAGCACAAGGCCGCCUGUCUGCGGGUUACAUCGCUGCUGUGCUGCAAGGAUCUCAUCUGGAUCGGCACCAGUGCGGGUGUCCUGUUGACCAUUCCGGCGCAGGGUUACGAGAAGGGUGCCAUCAACAUAGUGCCCACCGGCAUUCCCCAUGGCCACACCGGUCACGUGCGGUUCCUCACCUUUGUGGAGACUACGGGCUUGGAGGGAGCGGCACCAAGUGCUGCAGCUCGGGAUACGGGUUCCAACAGCGAUGAGUACACCAAACAGGGAUCCAUCAAGCACUCCAAAUCCAAGUCCGAGACGAACAACACGCUGAUCAUUUCCGGUGGCGAUGGAUACGAGGACUUCCGCAACUCCGGAGCCAAUUCGCUGAGCGAGAUCGCCGGCCGUGAGGACAGCACCAACCAUCUAUUGAUAUGGCAAAUUUGAAGCAGAAGGCGUAAAAACCGCUGGAGGCUCCUGCUCUCGCGCUGGAAGAACAACAACUGAGAUAAAGUCAGUAAAUGUUCGAGGCCAGCGUUCGAGUGGAGGAAUCAGCGGUUUUUAUGGGCCGAUCAUUAAUCGAGAUCCAUCGAGAUCUUCAGCAGCUGCUAAGCUGAAAAUUAGUAGGAUUAGCUGACGGACUUUUACGGACCGCGGGACGAACCGGACGGUUGUACAGUUGAAUUUUGAUUGCUCGCAGAUUGCACUUGUGAAUAUUUGAUGUACCAUCGUGACUCACAUCACACCAGUCGGCCGCAAAACCAGUGCCAAAACAAAGCAAAAGAAAAAGCAAAUACACGACUCCUGAGCCAAGGCGAUUUGGAGGAGACACUUUCAAUGUACAUACAAAUCGCACCGCUGGAGAAGGAGAGCUCGAUUCCACGGCAAAUUACAAUAGUUAUUUUUGUAUUGCCCAAUAGGCAGACUAAUUGUAAAUCUAAACCCCAUUCAAGUGUUAAGAGUUCGCGUCUAAGUUUGUUUGAAUUGAAUACAGGUCUAACAUAAAUCAUUAAAAGUUAAUACCGACUUAGUGUACGAGUUAAUCCAUCUGAUGAGGUUCGAUCCCCCGCCCAGAAUCCAGAAACCAGAAUCCAAGCGCAUUAAUCGAAUUUAUAAUCUACAAACCACUACUCAAGGGUCAUGUCUCUUACUAUAUGUUCGCCUGUGGCUCCAACCAUGAGUUGCGCACGCCCAACGGUAAAGAUAGGAUUGUAAAGAUCUUUAGUGUAAGCAUCUCCCUAUUUUUAUUGUAUACAUACGCGCGUAAUAUAUACAUAUACAUAUAUAUUAAUUACUAUAUCGAUAACUGAUUAAUUGGCGUUUAUAAAGUUUAUUGUAAAACCUAUUUCAUGCAAGAGAAUUGAAUUUGAAAAUUGCAAAUUUUAACAUAAAUACGAGUGAUAUUCAAGUUUUUGCUAAAGUUUUUUGGGCAUGUACAAAACGUUAAACCUACACUAAAAACAAAAAAACAACACACUCACUAAAAACAAGAAGGCCCUCUCCCCUUAAACACUACCUAUGUACUUAAAUAUACAUAUAUAUAUUUUUUCUAAUUGAGUACUAUUUGUAAGUUGUGCGCACCCGAAAUCAAGCAACUCAAGCGACCCAUCAAAAUCAAAUUGGCGUUGGUCGCCGUCUCAAGCUCGAUCGUCUGUCUAAGGUAGCAAAUUGUAAUAAUUUAAGUAUGAAUAUUUAUAUGUUAUAGUCUGGUUGGUUAUUAACAUUAAUCAUUGUUCAGUGCAGUAUUUCGAGUGUAUGCUAAGCUCUACUAUCCACUAUCCACCACCCGAUAACCAGUAAACAGAACACUAAACCACAAAAAACACCGAACUUCAAACACCGAACACCGAAUACCGAACCACCGAGAGCGGUUUCAUCUGUUAUCUGAGUGGCUAACGCAUCCUAUGAAAUGUAUGAAAUGCAUUUUCCCAUAUUCAGUGAACAUCUGACAAUUGUUAUCCUACCUCUGCGAAUACCAAGGUGUUAAACAUAUAUUACUAUAUACAUUGUACUCGAGGUGUUGCUCCCUCGCCCGACUUGAAUCGAUCCCAAAAUGUGGGUCAGAAGUGGAAGCUGGAGCUAAAAUAGGAGCAGGCGUAAAACUCCCUAAAUGAGCUGUAAUAAUAGAAUCUAAAACAAUAAUUCCCCCCUUUGCCAAGCUGCAUUGUAAGGUUCAAUAAUAAACUGUAAAUGUGUUAAAGAAUAAAUAUAUAUACUUAUA